AACGCACCAAAUACACGCGCAUUCAUUUGACUGUUUACUGCGUAGUGCAGUUUGAACACAAAAUGCAGUAAUGUAAAAUUCAUACGAAAUGCGUUAUUAAUUAUUAAUUUAGAUUGUAUUCCGCGACUACUCAAAGUAUCUAUUAAAAUGACUGAGUUUUUAUACGACGUGAACAUGGUGGAUCCGAGUUACGGUGCUAAUUUUAUGGACAAUUUUCUUGGUACCUCUUUCAAAGAAGAUUCCGAUAUAGAAUUAUCCAUCAACGAUGUGGAGAAUCAUCAUGAUGGUGUUUACGAUUUCGGUACUAUCGAGAGAAGCUCGUUAUUGAAUAAUAGUGUCCAUUCGGUGUUUAAUGAAAUCGCUCAAUUGAAACCUACUACGAGUAGCAGUAGCGACGAAGAUGAUAAGAAUCUUAUCAUGAGUUGGGAAUUAAACGAGCAUAAUUUCGACACGUUACCAAGCAGUCCAGUUUGCUACAUAAAGCAGGAAGUUCGAGAGGAAGACGAAACCGAUAAUACAGAUGACUCGAUGCCUAUGAAAAGUUUGCCUUCUGAGUUAUCAUCCAUUACGUGUACGAAUGGAUUUAUCGAAACACCUCCGGUUUCGCCUGAAAUUAAAUCUACACCAGUGAAUGGCUCGACACCUGUAAAUAUUCUAGUUAUUGAUUCCGUUCCGUCGACUUCACCUAGUGCUACUGUUUAUCCUUUGUCUUCCACUAAUUGCAAUGGUAGGCGAUUAGUUCCUGUCACACCUCUGAGAUCUCAAAGUCGAAAAAAUUGUAUUAUUAAAGUUCCUUUACGCGAUGAUAAACCUAAAAUUACCAGUUCUGAAAUGAAUGGAACGAAGAAUUGUGAUAAGGGAGCUGUUAUUAAUAAACUUCCCAUGAAUAUUGCACCUCCACCUACAAACACCGAUUCGAAAAAUAAUCUACUCGUGGCAGCUAAUAAACCUGUAACUGUGCUGUCAGCAAAUCAGGUGAAAGCAAUAAAGAGACAACAAAGAAUGAUUAAAAAUCGCGAAUCGGCGAGUCUAUCUCGUAAAAAGAAGAAAGAGUAUGUGGCUGCGUUAGAAAUCAAACUAGAUGAGUUAGCCAAGGAGAAUGCGAAACUGAGAACGGAAAAUAAAUCCUUGAAAGAAAAAUUAUCUCUGUUCGAAUCAUCGGUAUGGAAGAAGCACGGUAAACUAUUCGAUAAUACGAAGAAAAUUACAGCGGUGUUCGCUGUCAUGUUCAUGAUCUCAUUCAAUGUUGCAUCUUUGAGGAAUUCCCCAGGCUCAGAAAGUGAUAAAAUUGGUUCUAAUGAUGUGAUAUUUCAAAUGAAUAAAGAUUCGUCUCAUUUUCCGAGUAGAUCGUUAUUGUGGGCUGAGCAGUUUUCGGAUAAUGUUACGAACUCCGAGUAUCCUACGUGGACGAACUCUUCGGAUUUAAAAUGUCCUAUGUAUAUAAACCAGACUGAAUCGUUAAGACUUGACAGUGAACUUCGAAAAUGGAUCGAUACGUAUCCGGCGGAUAACGCGACGAACUCAUCGUCCAAAUUUUCCAAUGAUUCGAAACUAACAGCCUGGCCUUUGAUAUUUUCGUCGAAUAAAAAAGAAAAGAAAAACAUCUUGAAUAGACGACCGUACGAUGGUGCUGAAAUUUCACGAAACGUUAAUAGAGACGUGGAGAUGUUCAGUUUGAAUAAUAACAUUUUCGAUGUUAAUGAGCCAUUAUAUCAAGCUAUGGAUCGCAAACAGGAUACGUUUUAUGUCGUGUCAUUUUCCGGUGAUCAUCUGUUGUUACCUGCUAUUUCGCAUAAUCAAACUUUUAGACCAAAGAUGUCCUUAGUUCUACCGUCGCUUACCAAUAAUAGUUCUUUCUUAUCUCCGGAUACGAUUACGAUGAUGCAAAUCGAUUGUACAGUUACCAAUACUCGUCUGCUUCAAAUGAAGAAAAAGGACAUACCACCUCGUAUGAAAACCCAUCUGAAAAAUUCCCAAAAAAGCAACAUUUCUUAUGCGAAGCCAGAAUUUAGAAGAAAAUAUAACCCAGCUUACUCUUUGCACGAUGCUGAAUGAAUACGUUACUUGACAAAUGUCAGGAUUGGGCUGUUUGAAAAUAUUUUUCUUACUAUUUCGACUACUUAGUAAUCGUUGACGAUUCAAUUCGAUUUGUUUCGAUUGGUGAAAUAAGUUUGUAUUAAUUGCAUUUAUAUAUGUGUGUACUUGCCUGAAGCACGUUCAAUGUGUAGAGACCACGUUUUAAUUACGUUAAUUUAUGCACGUUUCGGUAGUUUUUUUGUUAGAUUAUUUUAUACGUUCGCUUUAGAGUGUUAAAAUUAUGUAUUCAACUUCAAGCUGGACACCAAAUGAUUGAUUUUAUAUGUUUUUUUUUAAAAAACGUUUAGCGACCAUUAACGUAGUUUUAUACAUUUUGUAAUCAUUAUGUUUUUCUGUGAAAUGAUAAUGAACGAUAUUUUGUAACCUUUUUACCUCGUAAAAGAGGGCUAUUGCUUGUUAUCUUUAAAUUUUGUGUUUAAAUUCUAUUUUUUGUGUAAGUUGUAUUUUAUCGAAACAUUUUCGAAUUAGCGAAUUUCGAUUUUGAUUUAGAACCAUUGUUUUUGAUGAUAAUUGUUGUCGAGGAUAUUUUUCAGGAUUUUAGAAACCUUAACCUAUAUGUAAUCUAUUUCGAUGUUUGAAAAUAUUCGGUGAAUCCUAUUUGAAAUAAAAGCAAUAUGAUUGAGCACCAGAUUGACUUCCUGGCAACUUGGAACAUUGAAAAAAUCCUCUAUUUUAAGUACCUUUUGGAUCUCGUAAUCUUUAAGUCAUUAAAAUGAGUCUAGCUUAAAAGUUAUAUAACUUAAUUUAAUAUGUAUGUAAAUUGACGUAAUUUGUGACCCUCGAUGAAUUAUUGAUAAUGCUACUUCCCUGCGUUCUAUACCUAUCUGGCGAAGAAUUUCAAAACAAAAAACUCGUUUCUACCUUAACUAAAUUAUCAUUAAUUGUAACAUUUUACAAAAGUGUUGAAUAAUUGUGCAAUAUUUUGUUAUUUGGAGAUUUAUAAAAUUGUAAUAAAAUAUUUACAGUAAUUAA